UUGAGAAGUAAAGUCACACCACUGAGUUUUAGUGAUGAAAGUAGCUUCCCAUAUUAACUACCACGCUUUAAAAUUAAGACCAGGUAAGAGUAUAAAGUGAGGAGUUUGCACUUGCGUGUGCAACUUAGUGGGUGGGGUUUCCUGGACAUUUAAAUAGCAAUGAACAACUGUUUUUGUAUCCUCUGUUAGACAGAUCUCUUAGGAGAACUUUCUAGACUCUUGGCACAGAGCACAAGGACUGAGCUGUAUUUAUUUUUAACAAGUGGACAGCUUGAUUGAUCCACUUUCAUUUGGAGAUUAUAAAGUAAAAGAAAAGACUGCUGACAAAGAGGGGUGAAGGGUGAGCUGUAACCAUGGAGGCUGUAUUUCACCCUUUCUUCACCACAACUGGCCAGCUGCCCUGGUUGCUUCUGACUGUGUUUACAUCGUGGACAGCCUUUUGUUCUGCAGAUAUAAAGCAGACAAGAAGGCCAUUAUAUACCCAGAAGCCAGUUCUUCUUGCCUGGAAUGCCCCAACACAGGAGUGUGAACCACGACAUAGAGUAACCUUAUCUUUGAGCCAGUUUGACAUUGUAGCGACCCCUAAUGAGGGCUUUGUGGGGCAAAACCUUACAAUCUUCUAUAAGGAACGUCUUGGGUUGUAUCCCUAUUAUAAGCAUGAUGGCAGUGCGGUGAAUGAAGGCCUUCCACAGCUUGUCAGCCUCACUGAGCACUCAAAAAAGAUGCCUGAAGGCCUUAAAAAAUACAUAAAAGUGCCAGGGGCAAAAGGUUUGGCUGUUAUUGACUGGGAGGAGUGGCGCCCUAUAUGGGUCAGAAAUUGGGAUGCUAAACUUAUCUAUCGAAAUAAAUCCUGUGCAAUGAUAGCCAAAAAGAACCCUACAUGGACCUCAAAACAAGUGGAGAAAGUUGCAGAACAAGAAUUUGAGCUAUCGGCUCAAAGAUUCAUGCAGGAGACUUUGAAACUGGCCAAGAAUAUGAGGCCCAAUCAGCUGUGGGGCUUCUACCUGUUUCCAGAUUGUUACAACCAUGACUACAACAAGAAUGGUCUGCAAAACUACACAGGCCACUGUCCUUCAGUGGAGGUGGACCGCAAUAAUCAUCUCAACUGGUUGUGGAUGGAAUGUACAGCACUUUUCCCGUCAGUAUACAUGGAACCUGUGCUACGCUCAACGAGCCAAGGGCGCCUUUUUGUCCGGAACAGGGUGAAGGAGGCAAUGCGCCUGGCAUCUGUUGGGGAUGGAUUAGCACGUCCCGUUUAUGUUUACACCCGACCUACCUAUAUCAGUCAAACGACUCUUCUAACUGAGACAGAUUUGGUCUCCACAAUCGGUGAGAGUGUUGCACUUGGAGCUGCAGGUGUAAUCUUCUGGGGCGACACCUCUCAUGCAAGCAGCAGUGCCAACUGCUCAAGCCUAAAUGAUUAUCUUAAGGGACCGCUGGGUCGGUACCUGCUCAAUGUGUCCACAGCAGCAGAGCACUGCAGUCGUGUGCUAUGUAAUUUCAGCGGCCGCUGUCUUCGCAGAAUAUUGGACAGCGAUAUAUAUCUGCAUCUCAGCCCUUCAACACACAAGAUAACUAGUCAGAGUGGCCAGCUCAAGGUUACAGGAAUGCUCAGCCAAACUGAGAAGACUUUUUUCCACAAGCACUUCCAGUGCCAGUGCUACAGUGGGUACAGGGGUGAUGACUGUACUUUGAAAGAAAAAGAGCCCAAUAGAGCCUCCUCUGUAUUAGGGACUUGGCCUCUUUGCCUUUUACUUCCGCUCGGACUCCUUACUCUUUUGCAUUGAGGAAACAGAGACUAACUAUUUACUGUUUCAGCGAGCCUAGAAGUGGACAGUUUAGACUUUUAUGCAUAGAUAUGGAAAUUAUAUUGAUGCAUUGACAAUACCAAGUAAUCUGAGACCUCCCCAAGCUGUUUUUGUCCUGGCAUGCAGACCGAUGGAACAUAAAUAUCUGUGGGUAGCAAGUUGCAGCAACAACUUGCUGUCAGUCUGCCCCAGGGCAGCUGUAGCUUGCAUCCACCAGUGUGUGAAUGUGAGAGUGAAUGAAUAGUGGAAUUGUAAAGCGCUUUGGGUGCCUAGAAAAGCGCUAUAUAAAUGCAACCCAUCAUUAUAACAAUGGGCUGAAAUGAAUGUCCUACCACCAAGAUUACCUUGUAGAAAAUCAUGUCUAAAAUCAGUCUUUUCUCAAAGUAAUCACCAGAUAAAUGGAUGUUGAGUAGCUUUACAGGACCUUAGUGUAAAUGUUUUACUGUCUCCAUAGUGAAGAGAAGCCAAAGAUAAAAGGGAACAGACGCACACAUAUUUACAGGUUAUUGGUGCCUCAUGGCAAAACAGACACUACAUUAUAAUAGUAUUAUAUAGUAUGAAUAUCGAGCUCUUAAGUGUCUUAUAAAUGAAAUACAAGCCAGUCUUAAAUCUCUUUUGUAUUUUUUUGCUUAGAGAAACAUCAAGGAUGGACCUGCUCGUUUUCAGUUCAAUAUUGUGCCUUAACGGGGCUACAACCGGCUCUCUUUUGCAGUUGCAGUCUUUAUGUCCUUGCUUUACAUUGAUAUAAACUCCAUCAUGGCUAACAAUUUUAUUAUAACCGAACAGUGCAGAGCAAAUACAUACAUGUUACAAGGUAUCCAUCAACUUAAAUGGAUAUCAUUGUGAAAACAGACUGGCAAUUUAAACACAACUUGACACUAUAACUGACUGUAGUUUACACAUUUGCCCAACAAGCCAAAUAGCCCCCAGUUUGAUCCUGGGAAGACAAAACAGAUCCCUUUAGGGUUUCAUCAGGAAGGGCAUCCGGUAUAAAAAAUCUACCAAGUCAAACAUGUGGAGCUAACGGCUGUGGCGACCCCUGAAAGCAGGGAGCAGCUAAAAGUUCAAUAUAACUGAUUAUAGCUGAUUUCAGCUUGUGUCUGAUGUACUGGAAUAGGCUAUAUGUUCGCUCCAUUCAUAACCAAAUGUACUUGCUUUGAAAAGGAUUGCUUUGAAAUUGUUUGCAACUGUCUAACUGAAUAUUAGCCGACUGAAAAAAAAAGUUGUGUCAAGGAUCUUGCCGGUGAUACUGUGUGAACAGCAAUUGCUGUAGGUGCAAGUUCAGAAUUGUUUGUUCCCAAUAUAGCUGAGCAGUUGCACGUUUUAUACAGUAGGAACUAGUUUCAGUAGCUAAAAUGAGUUAUGAAAGAAGCCAGCAGGUGGUUUUUCACAAACACGGUAGUCUCAGAAUUGCACAGCUGGUGUUGAAUUGUGAUGUUAUAUGUACUUAUAUUGCAUAGGUCUUCAAGUUCUGCACUUUACUUUCAUGCAGAGUUGGACUGGGUGUCAUUACAUGUCGUGAGGGACGAAACUGAGUGAAUACUGUCAGUGCAUGACAGUGCUAUAGUGGCUUUUCGCGUGUAAUGUGUCACAUUGGAAAUACUCUGUUUCACUGUGAAUCUUGCUGAAAAUCAAAGGGUUGCCUCAAUGGUUGUUAUCUCUCUCUCCAUCAGCUUUCAUCUUAUUUUUUUAAGAAGUAUCCAAAAUUUUUAAGUCUUUUUUAAAUAAUAAACAUGAUAUUCUUUUACAGCAAAUGUUUCUCAACAUAUUAUUUCAAAUAGUAUGCAAAAAGCACAAAAAUAAAGAUCUUGCACAGUAAAACUUGAUUAGAACGAGAACAAGAAGAAAGUUUUUAACUAUUUAAAGCAGAUUUUGUGAUUCUGUGAUCAGUAAUUAUGUUCAAUAUUAAGAUAAAUAAUGUAACUGAAAUGUACUGGUUAUUGUUUCAAAGCAAAUUAACAAAAUCAAAGUGUUCUGUAUUUAAAACAUUUCAUAUUCGUAUUUUGCAUUAGAGAAUUACAUUAUUAAAAUUUCUUUAUAUAUGA